ACAGGUGGGAAUCCAGGGAGAUGCUGGGGUGUUGGCAGGGGGCUAAGGGAUGGCAGAAAAGACUGGGAGGGUCGGGAUGUAGGUAUGAGGGUAAUCCCGGCAGCCAGGAGGUGAGUGCCGUGGAGGCGCCGGUUUUCUGGGAUGUAAGCAACGAGGAGCUGCCCGGACGCAGCGGGUGGGCUGGGGUAGCCGCCAGCAGUGCACCAGGACUGGGGCUUCAGGGGGAAAGGACUAACCUAUGGGAAGGGGGCAUGUGUGAGCUUGGAUAUUUUCCAAGAAAACUGAGGACACGUAGGGAAUGAGGAAGGAGCUGCUCCAGGGUGCAUCUCCCAAUUUGAACCCCUCCCUGAGACCCCACCCCAUCGCUCCCCACUCAGGGCUGCGCCGAGCCUGCGGUUGUCAUGGCAACCCGUGCCCGGCUCUCCCAGGGGCGGUGCCAACCCUGCUCCCCCCCACCACUUCCUUCCCCCUCCCUCCCUGUCCCUCCCUCCUUUGUGUCAGCUGCGCCCCUGACCGGGAUGGCUGCGAAGAGAGGGACCAAGACAAGCAUGAAGAACAUGGAGAAAGAACUGCUGUGCCCAGUGUGUCAAGAGAUGUACAAGCAGCCACUGGUGCUGCCCUGUACCCACAACGUGUGCCAGGCCUGUGCUCGGGAGGUGUUGGGCCAGCAGGGCUACAUAGGCCAUGGUGGGGACCCGAUCUCGGAGCCCACGUCUCCUGCCUCCACCCCUUCUACCCGCAGCCCCCGCCUCUCCCGCAGAACUCUCCCCAAGCCAGAUCGCUUGGACCGGCUGCUUAAAUCAGGCUUUGGGACAUACCCCGGGCGGAAGAGAGGUGCUUUGCACCCCCAGGUGAUCAUGUUCCCAUGCCCGACCUGCCAGGGUGACGUGGAGCUGGGGGAGCGGGGCCUGGCGGGGCUUUUCCGGAACCUGACCCUAGAGCGUGUGGUGGAGCGGUACCGCCAGAGUGUGAGCGUAGGAGGCGCCAUCCUGUGCCAGUUGUGCAAGCCCCCACCACUAGAGGCCACCAAGGGCUGCACAGAGUGUCGUGCCACCUUCUGCAAUGAGUGCUUCAAGCUCUUCCACCCCUGGGGCACCCAGAAGGCCCAGCAUGAGCCCACUCUGCCCACCCUCUCCUUCCGCCCCAAGGGCCUGAUGUGCCCAGACCACAAGGAAGAGGUGACCCACUACUGCAAGACAUGUCAACGGCUGGUAUGCCAACUCUGCCGGGUGCGUCGCACCCACAGCGGGCACAAGAUCACACCAGUGCUCAGCGCUUACCAGGCCCUCAAGGACAAGCUGACAAAGAGCCUGACAUACAUCCUGGGAAACCAGGACACAGUACAGACCCAGAUCUGUGAGCUGGAGGAGACCGUCAGGCACACCGAGGUGAGUGGUCAGCAGGCGAAGGAGGAGGUGUCACAGCUGGUACGGGGGCUGGGGGCUGUGCUGGAGGAGAAGCGGGCAUCGCUGCUUCAGGCCAUUGAAGAAUGUCAGCAGGAGCGGCUGACCCGUCUCAGUGCCCAGCUCCAGGAGCACCGGAGCCUGCUGGACGGCUCAGGCCUGGUGGGCUAUGCCCAGGAAGUGCUUAAGGAGACAGACCAGCCUUGCUUUGUACAAGCAGCCAAACAGCUGCACAACAGAAUUGCCAGAGCCACUGAGGCCCUGCAGACGUUCAGACCAGCUGCCAGCUCCUCCUUCCGCCAUUGCCAGCUGGAUGUGGGGCGCGAGAUGAAGCUGCUGACAGAGCUCAGCUUUCUGCGAGUGCCCGAGGCACCCGUCAUUGACACCCAGCGCACCUUUGCCUAUGAUCAGAUCUUCCUGUGCUGGCGGCUGCCCCCCCACUCACCACCUGCCUGGCACUACACGGUCGAGUUCCGUCGCACUGAUGUGCCUGCCCAGCCGGGCCCCGCCCGCUGGCAGCGGCGGGAGGAGGUGAGAGGCACCAGUGCUCUCCUGGAGAACCCUGACACCGGCUCUGUGUACGUGCUGCGUGUCCGGGGCUGCAACAAAGCCGGGUACGGCGAGUACAGCGAAGACGUGCACCUGCACACGCCCCCAGCACCUGUUCUGCACUUCUUCCUCGAUGGCCGCUGGGGUGCGAGCCGCGAGCGGCUGGCUAUCAGCAAGGACCAGCGAGCAGUGCGGAGCGUCCCCGGGCUGCCCCUGCUGCUGGCUGCUGAGCGGCUGCUGACUGGCUGUCACCUGAGUGUGGAUGUGGUCCUGGGCGAUGUGGCUGUGACCCAGGGCCGCAGCUACUGGGCCUGUGCCGUAGACCCUGCCUCCUACCUGGUCAAGGUGGGCGUCGGGCUGGAGAGCAAGCUUCAGGAAAGCUUCCAGGGUGCCCCGGAUGUGAUCAGCCCCAGGUAUGACCCGGACAGCGGGCAUGACAGCGGUGCAGAGGAUGCCACCGUGGAGGCGUUACCACCCUUUGCUUUCCUAACCAUCGGCAUGGGCAAGAUCCUGCUGGGGUCUGGAGCAAGUUCAAAUGCAGGGCUGACAGGGAGGGACGGCCCGGCUGCCAGCUGCACAGUGCCCCUGCCACCCCGCCUGGGUAUCUGUUUGGACUAUGAGCGGGGUCGAGUCUCUUUCCUGGAUGCUGUGUCCUUCCGGGGGCUCCUCGAGUGCCCCCUGGACUGCUCAGGGCCUGUGUGCCCUGCCUUCUGCUUCAUAGGGGGUGGCGCCGUACAGCUGCAGGAGCCUGUGGGCACCAAGCCGGAGAGGAAAGUCACCAUUGGAGGCUUCGCCAAGCUAGACUGAUCCUUUCCGACGGCUCUGUCCACCUGGAGUCUCACUGGGACCUGG